UGUCACAAGUGCGGCGUGAUGAACAGGGUUAUAUUCUCGGGGCCAGCGCUGCCUCUCACAUGUGGUUCACGCGAGUAAACAGAUCGGCACUGGAGAGCGGUGUUGUGAUCAAUGAUGCAGGGACAGGUAGCCAGGUGGACGCUGACACUCAUGAAUGGGAACAAGCAAUGGUCCGUAACUUACUAAAUCCCACGCAACGUCCACCCGAAGUACACUUUUAUCUCAUGUCAGCAUCCAGUUUCGGUACAGUGAGUGGUGAGAACAUUCAGAGCGACUUACAGUUUCUCAGUUUAGGUUUCGGAGUAGUGUUUGUGUUCGUGGUAUUGAUGUUAGGUCGUCGCAACCAAGUGGAGGCGAGACCGCUGCUCUCUCUGAUGGGGCUGUCAUGCGUGGGUCUGGCCAUCGUUGUUUCUUACGGCACCUGCUCCGCUUACGGCGUUCCUUACGGCCCUGUUAACAGCAUUCUUCCUUUCCUUUUGCUCGGAUUGGGAAUAGAUGACAUGUUCGUGAUUCUGGAGGCAUGGCAGAGCUUAAGUUCGGAGGAGCAGCAACACCCGCUAAGGGACAGGAUCGGGCUGGCCCUGGGUCGUGCAGGAGUGGCCAUCACGGUCACUUCCCUGACAGACUUCCUUGCCUUUGCUGUGGGCUGUACCACUGUCCUCCCUGCCCUAAGGUAUUUUUGUAUUUACUCCGCAAUCGGUAUAGUGUCGGUGUAUUUCUUUCAAGCUACAUUCUUUGUGGCCUGCCUGACCCUAGAUCAGCGCCGUCUGGAGGAUCGCCGUCAUGGUCUCUUCUGGUGCUGGAAGAUGUCCCCAGACUGGUCGCCGAACAGCUGCAGCCAACGCGACUUGUGUAAUGAGUUUUUCUCUCGCUUCUACGCCAAGUUUUUGUUGCAUCCCGCUGUGAGAGUCAUUGUAUUCCUCCUGACGAGCGUGUUAUUCUUUGCUUCCACAUGGGGCCUCACUAACCUCCGACAAGAAUUUGAUCCAAUUUGGUUUCUCCCUCAGGACUCUUACUUGUAUGAAUAUUUUGAAAAACAGAGAGAAUACUUUCCCUCGUCCGAGGAGCCGGGCUCUGUAUACUUAUCUAACAGUAGUCUAGAGAACGAAUUGCCCAAGAUACAAGAGCUUUCAGAAAGUCUCCGGUCUGUUGAGUACGUGGCUAAAGUUGACAGCUGGGUGGAUAAAUAUGUCGAGUACUGGGAGAACGCUAUCACGGCAAACCAAACUUUGUUCCCUGACCGCCUAACGCAAUUCCUGUUCUCGCCCAGCGGCGCUCAGUACCGCUCCCGCAACUUUAGAUUCAACUCUACCCUCAGGUGCAGAGAGGAUGCGCCCCCGGUCACAGCCACCAGAAUUGACUUCAGCUACAAAUUACUCUCGUCUUCCCGGGAGGAAGUGCAAGCAAUGGAGGCAGUGCGGACCAUUGUACAGGGAGCAAACAUGAGCGGCGAGGCUAGGGUGUGGGGGCGGGCGUUCUCCUCUUGGGAAACCAAUAAAGUGAUCAAGGAAGAGCUUUUUCGUAAUCUUGGCGUGGCACUGGUGGUAGUGGCGGUGGCGACUGUGGUGCUGUUGGCUAGUGUGGUGGCCAGCAGCAUGGUGGUGCUAUGUGUGCUGUUCACACUGGUGGACGUGGCCGCCCUCAUCCACUGGUGGGGCCUCACCAUAGACACCGUCUCCUGCAUCGACUUGGUGCUGGCAGUGGGCCUGUGUGUGGACUACGCGGUGCACGUGGCCCACACCUUCCUCACCAGGACUGGGAAUCGCGCCCAGAGAGCAGCAGACACUUUGGCCACCAUCGGACCGCCAGUUCUCAGCGGCGGAUUCUCCACUUUCCUCGCCUUCGUCUUUUUGGCAAACUCAUCUUCACACGUCUUCCAAAGUUUCUUCAAGAUUUUCUUCGGCGUGUGCGUCUAUGGUCUGUAUCACGGUCUCGUGUUCCUGCCGGUGCUGCUGUCCCUCAUUGGCCCUGCAAGCCACAACGCCAUCACGCCGCAGCACCUCACGCCUCCCCACACAAUCUCCAGUACCCGCUCCCCCCAUCCGUUGGAACAGAAAAACGGGAAAUUCGUAGAGAAAUCUCUUGACACGGAAGGGCGUGGUAUGCCGGCUGGCGAGAACAAGAAGGGAGUGGGAGAGUUCACUGUGGAUGGGGAAAGCAAAGUACCUCACACGACUUGA